UUGACAGAAAUUUAAACAUCCUCUCUCAAGUUGUUCGGAUUUCAUAAAUCAAGAGGCAGGUGCCCUGUCGGGGUGACCUGAUUUUGGAACUUGUGCGAGGAAAUCAGAAAAAAGGAGGCAGAAUGCGGGACAUGCUGGAGAGGCUGCGAAAUGUUAGGGAGGAGUUGGAGAACAAUGAAGAAAUGGAAUAUGACGAGCGCAAGCUACCGACAGUUCAUGAGGCAAUCGUCUUUGAGAACUCCUUGGACAUUGAGAGCAUCCUGAAGGAAGCCGAGUCCAUACGCAAGGAGAUUUCCUUGCUCCUCUUGGAGGUGGAGCGCCUGAACAAGAACAAUGAGCGUUUUCGCACCACUGUCCGCCACUUUUCCACAGUCAAGAGGGACUCGGACCACAUCGCCAGGGGGAUCCAGAAGCAAGGCCAACAGCUGCAUACUCGAAUUUUGGCACUGGGUGAGGAAAGCAAGAAGAUGGAGAAAAUGGAGGGGCCCAAGUCAGCUUCCAGUCGCAUUGCUUGUAUGCAGUAUGACUCGCUCAUCCUUGCCUUCCAAGCUGCCAUGGGGAAUUACAACCAGGCGGAGGAAAUGCAGCGGUUCAUUUGCAGGGCGCGAAUCCAGCGGCAGGCCUCCAUAUUAGGGACUAAAAUCACUGACCAGCAACUAGAUGAAACCGUAGACAAAGGGUGCGAAGGCUGGAGCGAGUUGUCCCAAAGCCUGCCGACCCAAGAGGGCCACUCCUCCCGCUGGGCAAUGAACGAAAUCAAAGACCGACACAAGGAGCUGGUGGAACUGGAGGCCCGGCUCAAGGAAGUCCACGAACUGUUCCAGGAAGUGGCCGCGCUGACGGAAGAGCAGUGCUCCAUGCUCAAUAACAUCGAGGCCAACGUGUCGCACACUCAGCACUAUAUUCAGAAAUCCAUUGUCGACAUCAACAGGGCAAAACAGUACAAGAAAAAAAAUCCCUUUUUGCAAUGUUGCCCAUGUCUACCCUGUUGGUCAGAAUAAACUAAAACAAAUAUUACAUGUUUUGAGGAUUCAUAUAUACAUUAACUUCUUGGGAGACACCUCUCAAUUAAUUAAUCACAGAUUGGGCAACAUCAAUUGUACACUCUGUUCCCAACCUUGAGGGAACAUUCUCAGGGCAUUAAAUCGAUCGCAACUGGGCUGUUCUGGUCUUCUUCGAAGAUGUUUGGCCUCUCACCCGAGCAGGCUUCAUCAGUUCAUGUUACAAGGCUAGUUAGGACAGCACUAGACUGGGUGUUGGUGUGGAAACCAAAGCAUUUGGUUCGAGUUAGUGUGUGAGAAAGGUGGUGUCGUAAGCCUCCUCCUAUGUUUAGAGAUGGCCCUCCAACCUUAACAUAGAUGGCCUCUCUCGCUCCUCUUUCAAACCAUCUGUCUCUUUGAGGUGCAGCUAGACAGCUGAGUGUUGACCUAAGAGUCAAGACUGAUUAAGCCUGCGUAGAUGAGAAGCGAAACGUAUUCGAAGACAACCAGAACAGUCCAGUUGCGACCGAUUCAAUGCCCUGAGAAUGAAAUGACACAGAUGAAUGAGAAUAUUCAGAGACUUGUGGGAACAGUUUGCGAAAUGUCCUGUUUUGUACCAGCACCACUCUACAGUAUGAUCCAUCCAUCCAUCCAUCCAUCCAUUUCAACACCGCUUAUCCUGGUUAGGGUCGCGGGACGCUGGAGCCUAUCCCAGCUGACUUCGGGCAAAAGGCGGACUACACCCUGAACUGGUCGCCAGUCAGUCGCAGGGCACAUAUAGACACGGACAACCGUUCGCACUCACAUUCACACCGUCACUGAGUGUGAACUGAACCCACGCUGCCUGCACCAAAGUCAGGCGAGUGUACCACUACACCAUCAGUGACUACAGUAUGAUCCAUAAAGCUAAACUUCAAAGAGUAAGGUGGGAAAUUGAAAGAGUCCUGAUCUCAACCCCAGCAAACACCCUGCGAUAAAUGGUCGCAGGCAGUCUCAGGGUCCAUAAAUCCUGCAACUGGAAUGCGUGUGGGAUAGUCCAGAUUCCUCCUGCAUUCCAAAAACAUGCAUGUUAAGUUCAAUGGAGAUCCUAAAGCAUGGAUGGAAGGAAUGCCCAUGUGUCACUAUACUUUGGUCCAUCUGUUUUCUAUACCGCGUAUCCUGAUCCGGGUCACAAGGUGCAGUCUAUCACAGAUGACCUAAGCCAGAGGUCACCAAACUUUUUGAAAGUGAAGCCUACUUCUUGGGUGCUGAUUGAUUAAUGCGAACGGCUACCAAUUCGAUAUACAUUUUUGAAACAACAAAUUUGCUUGAAUUACCUUUAAUUAUGUUUUUUUUAAAAAAACUAAUGGUAUUCAACUAUGUGACGACUCUGAUCACGUUAAUGAUUUCUCAUAAUGAUCAACAAUGAUUUAACACGGUAGGAAACAGAUACAAUUUGAUAUGCAACACUUUAGCUCAUAAAUAUCUGCUCGUGUUUCGAUUUUCAAAUGAUCAUUUAAUUCUCGUAUAGUACUAGGAAAUCACAAUGUGCCAUCACUGGCUGAGCUAUUUUUACAACUUCCCCACAGGCACCAUGUUGGUGAACCCUGACUCAAGAGGACUCUUCCCUUUCAAUCACAUAGCUGACGCAUUAAAGACCGCAUUCACUCCUGAAGGACACUUAAACCUAAAACCUAACCAAACAUUGUCACAUGUUUUUGGAGUGCUGCGACAAGGCGGAGUGGCCCCAUCCACGUAUAAACUCAGGGAUAGAAAGGAUUUGGGAUAUAAACCCAGAAACUUCUUGCUGCAGGGCAGCAGCGCUAACCCCACCAUUGCGCCGCCAAUGUGAAGAAAAAAAAAAAAAAAUUCUAUAACAACUACUAUCCAGUUCAGGGUCAGGGGCUUGAGCUAUAGCCGUCCAGUACCGGUCACCAGUCAGUCACUAGGUGUCAGCAUUGUGAGCCACUAAACUUCCAGUGGCACAAUGUACUGCACUAAGUCAAUUGAAACCAGGUCUCGUUCUGGAUGGAAAACAUUCAUAGGAUUUAUUAUUACGAACUGUUUUUUGUUUUGUUUGUUUUUUUAUACUUUUGAGUCAAAUUAUACAUUACUAUUACGUAUAUACAGAUAAUAACUAUAAACAAGAAACAAUUUGCCUUUGACGUGACUGCAUUGACGCGAUGAGAUUAUU